AUGUCCUUGAAAACUAAUGGGUUCAGACCACAUACGUCUUUGACGAAACCCACAACGCCCACAAACUCUUCUACAAUUCAGAUAUCGGGACAAACCCUAGCGUCAUCCCACCCCACAAAGCUAUUUAAUUACCAUCAUGAGACAUCUAUUACUUCACUAGAUUUUGACGAUACUGGUCAGUAUCUCAUCUCAUCUGGUGUAGACAAAUCCAUACAAUUAUACGAUUGUCACAAGGGAGUUCACUUUAAAGACAUACAGUCCCAAAAAUACGGAGCUCAUUCUGCUAGGUUUACUCACGAAGAACUCAAUUGUUUGUACGCAUCAACUCCCGAUGCACUGGACAUUGGCGAUGGUAAAGGAGACGAUACUAUCAGAUAUCUUUCUUUAUCAAGCAAUCAAUACAUUCGCUACUUUAAAGGUCACAAAGCUCAAGUUUCAAAUAUUCAAGUAAACCCAGUGCACAAUACAUUUACCAGCUCAAGUUAUGAUGGAACUGUCAAAUUUUGGGAUUUGAAAACCUCGUCUGCCACUGGUAGUAUCACCAUGGGCCAAAAUUCUGUAAUUGGAUUUGACCCACAAGGAAUAGUUGUUGCAAUUGGAAAGUACCCACUUGGCGAAUCCCGAAGUGGCACUGUGGGUUUGUAUGAUUUGAAGACCUUUGAUAAGGGGCCAUUUUCCGAAGUUACCAUUCCUUGUUUACAGAAUCAGUUAUGGAACAAAUUGGAAUUUUCAAAUAAUGGUAGACUUAUAUUAAUCUCAACAGAUUCACGUGAACAUUACAUCUUGGAUGCCUUUCUGGGAAAACUAUUGGCAAUUGUGAGAUUGUCGUAUAGAAACGACCCGCAGUGGAUGUCAACAGAAUAUCCAUAUGAUGGCUGCUGUUCCUUCACCCCUUGUGGAAAAUUCUUGUUAAUUGGUAGUCCCAAAUCAAUAGUCCACAUAUUUGAGCUAAGCGACUUAAGACAUGACACUGAACGCCCCGUGAUUCUAUCAAGAUCCAACGACAUACUAAAGACCAAUCAAAUUCCCAAGAUUAUUGCUUUCAAUCCAAAGUUAUUUAUUCUUGCAACUGCUGAUACUACAGUAAAAUUGUGGCAACCCGAAAAUCAAACCUGA